AUGCCUGUCACAACGAGACCUUCCCCUUCCAAGGUGGGGAAGAAUCAAGACCGAGAGAUUGUAUCGAGUACUGGGAGAAUUCGCAGUACCGGUUUUGGCGAUUUCCCAAUUAUCGCUUCCUCCGUCGAUCCUAAGAGUACAACCGAGAACAUUGUAUCCGUAUACGGCAACAAUGGAUUUGUUGAUGGGCUCAUCCGCGCUUUCAAUCAGGAUCUCCACCUAGUUAUCCGACCUGACGAUGUCUGGCAGGCUAUCCUUUCGCAGUUUAGCCUUUUUGUCAACGGGAACGCCGAACGCCUGCGACACAUGUUCGUCGCUCACGAGGGAAAGCGGGAGCUGACUGUCGAACUCAUGAGCCUCUCCCAACUCGCCUUUAGCAAGGUAGCUCAGGAAUUUGCCUCUGUUAUUCAGGAGAACGUUGUCGAUGCAGAGCUGCGUGAGUGGAUGAUACCAGACUUUUCCACUACAACAAGCCAUGACAAGGCUGUGGCAGCGUUCGGCAUGAUGGGCGCAAUGCAACAAUACUUCAGCUACAAAAUCAUGAUUGGAUGCGGAUUACCUAGUGUAACACUGCUGGGAACCCGACACGACUGGGAGAUGCUUGCAAGCCGGGUCAGCAAGUUAGACAAGUACGGCGAAGAGUGCAAACGCUGGGCCAGUCUUCUAAAGCCCAUCAUGAAUUAUAUGCUAAGAACCUUUGACGAGCCGGACUCGCAGGAGGUUAAGGAUUUCUGGCUCCGCGUCGCGUAUGAGGCUGGCAGUGCAGGUUCUGCUGGGAGCACCCUCACGCUGUCGGGCUGGAUCACAGCCUUUGCAUAUUUUAAGGAGGAUGGGGCGGUCACAAUGAAUUUGAAAGAAGAGGACUUUUGGGAUUGUCAAGAAGUGGACCGCAGACGACUAAUACUAGACGGAGUGUCGUAUCCGUUGAUAAGGCCAGGAGACAUUCCGAGAGGUCUCGUUGUGCUCCCUGUGACAAUAGUUGACUCGAAUAUGCACAAGUUCGCCACGGUGGUAUCUGGUACUAUUGGUAUGUCCAUCUCGGAGAAUGGGACAACAUCCCAACCAGUUUCGGCAUGGUGGAUUGUGCAAGAAUUCGAAGAGCCGAUUUAA